UCCAUUCCUAGCCUUGUAUAUAACUCCAGGGGGCUAGGAUUCAUUUUGCUUGUGUCAAUAUUAUUAGACAAGAAAGAAAGAAAAAAUAACAAGAAAUUUUUGCCUGUUUGGCCAUGGAAGUUCAAUUUGAUACUAAGCUACUGUUUUCCCUCGUGGUUAUCGGGUUUCUUGGAGGGCUGGUACGUCUUUACAAUGGGUUGGUGGUGAAACCAAAGAGGCUUCGCUCCAUGCUGAGGAAGCAGGGCAUCAAUGGACCACCGCCAACUUUUCUUCUUGGAAAUAUAAGAGAGAUCAAGAAGGCUCAGUCCUCGGUUGUGAAGACUGAUCCUGCCAAUGACCCACCUCUCCUCCAUAACUAUGCUGCUCUUCUUUUUCCUUUUUUUGAGAUGUGGAGGAAGGAAUAUGGUCAAUUGUUUGUAUUUUCCCUGGGGAACACACAAAUACUUAAUUUGAAUCAACCUGACAUGGUGAAAGAGAUUACAACAUGUGUAUCCUUGGACUUAGGAAAACCUUCGUAUCAACAGAAAAAUCUUGGCCCUUUGCUUGGUCAGGGGAUUCUGACAUCAAAUGGGGCUUUGUGGUCACAUCAGAGGAAGAUCCUUGCUCCUGAAUUGUACAUGGAAAAGAUCAAGGGAAUGGUCAACCUGAUAACUGAGUCUACCAUUACAUUGAUAAAUUCAUGGAAGAGUAUAAUUGAGACAAAUAGUGGAAUGGCAGACAUCAAAAUUGAUGAGGGCCUCAGAAGUUUCUCUGCAGAUGUUAUCUCCAGAGCCUGUUUUGGAAGCAAUUAUUCUAGAGGAGAAAAGAUUUUCCUGAAACUAAGAGAUCUCCAGAAAACUAUGUCAAAGAAAGGUCUAGCCAUUGGAAUUCCUGGAAUGAGAUAUUUUCCUACAAAAAGCAAUAGAGAAUCAUGGGCGUUAGAGAAAGAAAUCCGCAAUUUGAUACUGGAGGUAGUGAAGGAGAGACAAGAAGCUGCAUAUGAGAAGGAUUUAUUGCAGAUGAUUCUUGAAGGAGCCAAAAAUAGCAAUCUGAGUCGAGAAGCAAUGGACCGAUUCAUAGUUGAUAAUUGCAAGAACAUAUACUUGGCUGGGUUUGAGACUACUGCAGUUUCAGCCACAUGGUGCCUCAUGUUGUUGGCAGUAAAUCAAGAAUGGCAGGAUCGUGUCCGCGCAGAGGUUCUUGAAAUUUGUGGAGGUGGCAUGCCAGAUUCCGAUAUGAUUCCGAAGAUGAAACUGCUUAACAUGGUGAUUCAUGAAACACUGCGACUUUAUUCACCAGUGACAGUGGUGUCAAGGGAGGCCUUCAAGGACAUGAAAUUUGGUAACAUUAAUGUUCCCAAGGGCGUGAAUAUUUGGACCAUGGUGUUGCAAUUGCAUACAGACCCAGAAAUAUGGGGAUCAGAUUCUUACAAGUUCAAGCCUGAGAGAUUUGCAAAUGGAAUAGCAGGUGCUUGCAAGUAUCCAUUCUUGUACAUGCCAUUCGGUGUUGGACCUCGGGUGUGUCUUGGACAGAACUUGGCCAUGGUUGAACUCAAGAUAUUGAUAGCUCUCCUUUUGUCCAACUUCUCUUUCUCCAUCUCUCCCAAAUAUAUCCACUCCCCUACUCUUAGGCUGGUCAUAGAGCCAGAACAUGGAGUCAAUCUCCUCGUAAAGAAGUUGUAGACACGCUUAAUAAGAUGGGUUCAAGGACAGAGGCAGAGUAGUAUCAUCAUCUUAGGAAACACAGUACAUGCCUCAUCCAUCGAAUAAAUGUUACAUUGUUUUUCAAUUGAGUUAUGUAUAAUGUGUGAAAAGCUUGUCUAGACAGAAAAUUCUUGUCUAAAUUCAAUUUAUCGUGGAUUUAAAAUAUAAAUAUUUAAUACCCAUAUAUUUAAUAAA